UAAUAUCUCACUUUAUCCCAUGGCUAGUUUAGAUCGCUUAUUUGUCUCUGUGUAGUAAUUUCAAGUUAUCGAAUAUCGAUGACAUUUUAAUCGGGAAAACAACAGUUAUUAUUUAUCAUUUCAAAUUGACAUAUGAAUUCCAUGACACAACUUAACCAAUUACCAAUUACAACAAAUGGACAAUAUUGAUAAUAGUUUAAUAAAAUAAACAAAAUGGACUUGCUGGUGUUAUUUCUUUCAUUGCUAAUACAAAUAUCCUUAGCUGAAGAUGGGUUAGAAUCGAUUCCUACAGUGGCAAGAGCUCCAGACAAAUUUAAAGUCCAUUUCAUGGAAGCUAAUUCCACGUACGUUUUUAAGCCCUUGAAACGUGGUUUCUUUGAAAAACACUUGAACACCUACUGCUAUUCCGGCGAACCAAAAACAUUAGGCCGUCUGUUGGAGUCGAUUGAGCUGGUCUUAGAAAUCGAUGGAGAUGAUUAUACUCAAUAUGAGGGCACCACACCUCAAGAAGUCGAGGAACACUACAACGAUCACCGUUCCCUUUUCAGUUUCAAUUUAUUCUCUCAAAAACGUUCGCGUUUAUCGCUGUCACCAUUUACGCAACAAUGUAUUGGUAUCGAGAGCGUUCAGCCGUACAAGGUGCAUUUGUUGCAAGAAAAAGUUGAUUAUGUACGUCUCAUGCUGCUGCUUGGUGGCAUAACGAUAUUUCUGUUUUCCGGCGUACUAAGUACAAAUUCAAUAUUUUAUUAUAUAACUGGAAUUAUUAUUGGUAUUUGUUCUUCCUUUCUGCUGUUAAUAUGGCUCUCGGGGAAAUUGAUGCCAAGACGUGCCAUGAUGUAUGGAGUUUUAAUUGGCGGCUGGACCGUUGGUAUUUAUGUCAUUCGCAUGCUUUGGGAUAAUAUACAAAUGAUCAUGAUGACAUAUCAUAAUUAUGUAUGCUGGUACAUCGGAAUAACCGGUCUCAUAUCGUUCUUUUUGUGCUAUCGCUGGGGUCCACCCAAGAAUCGCCGUUCAAAAAACAUUAUCAAAUGGUUGCUACAACUAAUGUCCUUGGCCUUGAUUUACAUCUCGAGUAGUUUUAAGGAAGCCAUUGUUGCUGUUAUACUCAUGACGAUUAUAUUAUAUUAUUUUCCCCGCGUCCUGCGUAACAUAAUGUCUUUUAGAGGUAAAAAAUCAUCAUCGCUGGAUAAGAAGGAAUCACGAUAUGGCAGUGGCAGCAAUUUGAAGACUAAAGACUUAAGAGAGGAUUGUAAAGAAUGGCACAUAAACAGCCCACGAACAAAGGAAUGGAAGAUAAAAUCGAAAUCAAAACUUUCCAUGAAUAGCCCUCAAAAUGUAAUGGGCUCAAGAGCAUCUUUCCACUUGGCUGAUGAUUCACAUGUUUUGGAUAACUCAAAUUCAAAUGUUGAUGAAAAUCAAUCGGAAUCCGAUAUUAGUUUAAAUGAAAACAGCAUGUCCAAACAAAAACUGUAUCCAUUGCCCGAUGGCUCAUUCAUACUAAGUGAUAAACGUCCAAUUAUCAUAACACCUCGUCAAGUUACACCGACUUAUCAUCGUUCGUCGCCGAUGGUUGCAUCGGAUGUCGGAGAACACGAGGAAGAUAGUGAAUUAACACCUAAACUACAUCCGCAUAUGCCAUUGCCUGCACACACACGUCGCCUAACUGCUGCCCUAUCGUGUCAGGAACUAUUCGCAAAAAAUCGCCGAAAUACUCCAUCGCCAUCACAAUUCCAACGUUCUAGUAGUGCUCAACGUAGCAUUCAAUCUCGUUCAUCUCGUAUGGUUUCUUCGGAAAAAAAGGCCUACGGCAGUAAUCCUAAAAUUAAAGUUUCCAAAGCCGAGUCCGAUGAUAGCGAAGACUGAGAUUGUAGAGGAUUUUAGAAAUAAUAAUAUUUUUUUGCUUUUGGAUUUUUAAUAUAAAAAAUAAAGAAAAUAUAUGUUUUAAUAAA